AUGCUCGGGUUUCUGAUCGAGUGGCUCCGUUCCCUCCUCUUUACGCGUUAUCUUGACGUGUGUAUUGUAGGCCUGCCUGGUGCGGGCAAGACGACGCUCACAAAUGUGCUGGUCACGGGCCGCGUGCCCGAGCACGUCGCGCCGACGGUCGGCUACAACCUGCGACAGUUGCGCGUAGGCAACGUGCGCAUGCGACUAUGGGAUAUUGGUGGCCAGCCGCGUUUCCGGUCAAUGUGGGAGCGGUACUGCUCCGGUGUAUCGGCGGUGGUUUUUGCGGUCGACUCGAGCAUCCCGCUGCCGCCCGGCUACUCGACCAAAGACCAGGGCGAGUACUCUGAGGAAGAAAAGACGGCGCGCAAUCGCGAGAGCGAGGCUUGGAAUAUUGCGGCGGAAGAGCUGCAUUCGCUCAUCCAGCGGCCAGCGCUCGCCGGACUACCUCUGCUCGUGUUGGCAACCAAAAAUGAUCUCCCGAAUCCCGCUAGUGUGCAGGAAGUGAUCUCGGUGAUGGACCUGGCGUCGCUCAAGGACCGUGAAGUUUACUGCUACAGCAUCAGCACAUUCAACCAAACCAACAUUGGUAUUACGAUCAAGUGGCUUUGCGCGAAGCGGUGA